CCUUGUUUACCAUAAUUUGUGGACUUCAAAUAAAUGAAAUAUGGAGGACAGCAAGCCGGCCAUUUGCCCGUUACCCGAUUGUCAGACCGUGGUGGAGCACACCCACUUGCUGCGCCACAUGAUCUCCAAACAUUUGGAUCCGCGGGCGCAAACUUUGCCCUUUCAGCUGCGCCUGCGCGAAGUGUCGACAGGUCAGCGCACCCUGCUGAUGCUCCCCUAUCGCCAGCUGAUCCUGGACCACGAUCAAUGCUUGGCCGUGCUGAACUGGAGCUCCGAGUCCCUUACUCGGAGCGACCUUACGGCACCGCAGUUGGACCUGCCGCCCUGCCACCAAGGAUUGACCAAUCACCUGCCCAUUUUGGUAAUGGUCUGCAGGACCACAUGGAAGUCCCUCUUGAAGCAGAUCGAUGAAAAGGACGUGCAAGAAACCAGGGACGUAUCCGCAGAAUGGGGCGUUGUCUAUCUGUUUUGGCUCCUUUCACCAUUUACGCGGCGUCCCAUUUAUGCAAAUCUAGCCCUACAGAAUGGCCCGUUGCAGAGCGUCUUCCGGCGGAAUCGCCGGCGUAUCCGCAACUUUGCCAGCCGGAUGCCCAUUAGACAGUUCAUAAACGGGCUAGAUCCAUACUUUGUCAGCCUCAACGAGGAUCAGCUCGACGAGCUGUGCGGUGGCAAUGGCGGAGGCAACCAGUACUCCGUCUACUUGGAGGUUAUAAUCGAGGGACUUAACUUAACCCUAUAAAUAUCAUUCUUAAUUCUAUUAUUAUGUACAUAAUUGGGCAUGCGAACAUUAUAGAAACAAAUUAAAAUCUCAA